AUGCCUUCUGCGGGCCGCAAGAGCAAGGCAUCCUCGACCGCCGCCGCUUCCACCUUUGCCAUCACCGGCGGCUCCACGACACCCGUCCCCAUUCCCUCAAUCGUUGCCCCAGCGCGCUCGAUGCCGACGGCACCCACCCCCAAGGCUGCCGCAGGGCGGAAGCGGAAGCAGGACGAUAAGAAUGCCCAAAAGUUCUAUGCCGUCCGCGCAGGCGCACGGCCGGGGAUCUACCUGACAUGGCACGAAUGCCAGGCCCAGAUUGCUGGCUUCAAGGGAGCACAGUACAAAAGCUUUGUUACUCGAGAACAGGCCGCCGCGUUCGUUGCGGGACUCAAUCCCGAAGGCGGCGCUAAGGACAAGGGCGAGCCGCGAUUCUACGCUGUUGCGAUCGGCAAAUAUCCCGGUAUCUAUACAGACUGGUCGGAGGCAUCGAAGGCCAUUGUAGGAGCCAAGGGACCCAAGUACAAGAAGUUCCCUACGCGACAAGAGGCGGCGGACUACAUCCGCAUGUACGCCAACGAGGAAACCCGCCAGGCUAUGCGUGGUAUGGGCAGCGGCACAGCCGCUAAUGCAAAUGCCCAAUAUGAGGGCAACGAAGAUGAAGACGAGGACGAGGACGAGGACGAGGACGAGGACGACGAUGAAGAAGAAGACGCGGCACAGAUCCUGCAGCCGGCGACAAAGCGUUCGAAGCCGGGCAACAACGCGGCCCCUGCGAGCUCGACAGCCGUCCUGGACAUUUACACCGAUGGCAGCAGCUUAGGCAAUGGCAAGAAUGGCGCCUCAGCAGGCGUCGGCGUUUUCUUUGGACCCGGUGACAAGAGGAACAUCUCGGAACGGCUGAAAGGCCCGAUGCAGACAAACCAGCGUGCUGAGUUGACGGCCAUCCUCCGCGCCCUCCAAUUGGUGCCAGUGACGCAGCCGGUGCGUAUUUUCUCCGACAGCACGUACUCGAUCAAUUGCGUCAGCGUGUGGUACAAGAGCUGGGCAAGCAACGGAUGGAAGACACGCGGCGGCGAUCCGGUCAUGAACCAGGACCUCAUCAAGGCUGUACGGACGUUUAUUGAUACCCGCGACAAGUCCGGAACGAUGACCAUGUUCCGGUGGGUCAAGGGCCACAGUUCGGACUCUGGAAAUGUGGCGGCCGACAUGCUGGCCGUUCAGGGAGCACGCCAGCAGACAUGA